ACCCUGGUGUUCUGUGUGCUGCGCUGUGACCCGCUGCCGGGAGCUUUGAGGAGAGCCCGGCGAGCUGGGAAUCCGCCAUGGUGAUUGAGGGGCCGCCGUCCCCAUGCGGGGAGGAGCCUUGGGAACAGGAUGCAGUGACCUAUGAGGAUGUGCAUGUGAACUUCACUCAUGAAGAGUGGGCUUUGCUGGAUUCUUCCCAGAAGAGUCUCUACAAAGAUGUGAUGCUGGAAACCUACUGGAACCUCACUUCUAUAGGUUACAAAUGGGAAGACCAUAAUAUUGAAGAACAUUGUCAGUGCUGUAGAAGAAUUGAAAGCAGGUGUGUCAUCUGUCCCUCUGGACACAAUCCAUGUGAGCAUAAGGGAUAUGGAAAGAAGCAUUGUAGUUCUGUCUCUCUCAGAACAAGUGGAAGGUAUAUGGUAGUCCCCACUAUGAGAAGACAUGAUGACUGUGAUACAAGUUUACAAUUAACUGGUUUUCCAACUUCAGUGGGAAUUCAUCAACAAACUUCCAUUGGAAAAAAACCUUAUGAGUACCAGGAAUAUGGAAAUUCAUCUCUCUCUUCUGUUUCACUGUGUAUAUGUAGUGUGGCUCUCAGUAUAAGAAAAUGUUAUAAAUACAAUCAGUGUGGUCCAACUCUGAGUUCUUCAAGUUCUCUUCAAGGAUGUGAAAAAACUCAUAUGUUAAGAGAAAAUAAUAAAUGUGAGUCAUCUACCAAAGGCUUUAGCCAUUACAGGCGUCUUCAAACACACCAAACACCCAAUAAUGAAGAGAAUCUAUAUGAAUAUAAUCAAUGUGAUAAAGUCUUUAGAUGUGAUUGGUCGUUAAAACACCAAAGAACACAUUUGGAAGGAAAACCCUGUGAUUAUAAUCAAAGAUAUAAAGGCUUUGCAUGUCACAGUCUUCAUCAAGUACAUAGAAUUCAAACUAGGGAGAAAAGGUAUGAAUCUCAGCAAUGUGAUAAAGCCUUUGCAUGUCCCAUAAUACAUAAUAGAAGUUACACUGGAGAGAAACCCUAUAAAUGCAAUCAGUGUGGUAAAUCCUUUAGAGGGAACAAUCAUCUUCUCUGUCAUGAAAGAAUUCAUACUGGAGAGAAACCCUAUGAAUGUCAUGAAUGUGGUAAAGCUUUUGCACAAAAGAGUUAUCUUCUCAGUCAUGAAAGAAUUCAUAAUGGAGAGAAACCUUAUGCAUGUAAUCAAUGUGGUAAAGCCUUUCCAUAUAAUAGUCUUCUUCUCACUCACUUAAAAAUUCAUACUGGAGAGAAACCCUAUGAAUGUAAUCAAUGUGGCAAAUGCUUUGCACAGAAGAGUAAUCUUCUCAGUCAUGAAAGAAUUCAUACCGGAAAGAAACCCUAUGAAUGUAAUCAAUGUGGUAAAGCCUUUCCAUAUAAUAGUCUUCUUCUCACUCACUUAAAAAUUCAUACUGGAGAGAAACCCUAUGAAUGUAAUCAAUGUGGCAAACGCUUUGCACAGAAGAGUUAUCUUCUCAGUCAUGAAAGAAUUCAUACCGGAGAGAAACCCUAUGAAUGUAAUCAAUGUGGUAAAGCCUUUGCUCAAAAGAGUCAUCUUCUCUGUCAUGAAAGAAUUCAUAAUGGUGAGAAACCCUAUGAAUGUAAUCAAUGUGGUAAAGCCUUUGCAUUGAAGAGUCAUCUUCACAGUCAUGAAAGAAUUCAUAAUGGUGAGAAACCCUAUGAAUGUAAUCAAUGUGGUAAAGCCUUUGUACAGAAGAGUCAUGUUCUCAGUCAUGUAAGAAUACAUACUGGAGAGAAACCCUAUGAAUGUAAUGAAUGUGGUAAAACCUUUGCAGAGAAGAGAAAUCUUAACAGACAUAAAAUAAUUCAUACUGGAGAGAAACCCUAUGAAUGUAAUCAAUGUGGUAAAGCCUUUGCAGAGAAGAGAAAUCUUCUCAUUCAUGUAAGAAUGCAUACUGGAGAGAAACCCUAUGAAUGUAAUGAAUGUGGUAAAGCCUUUGCAGAGAAGAGAAAUCUUCACAGACAUGAAAUAAUUCAUACUGGAGAGAAACCAUAUGAAUGUAAUGAAUGUGGUAAAACCUUUACACAGAAGAGUCAUCUUCAUACUCAUGCAGUUCUUCAUACUGGAGAGAAACCCUAUAAAUGUAAUCAAUGUGGUAAAGCCUUUGCAUUGAAGAGUCAUCUUCACAGUCAUGAAAGAAUUCAUAAUGGUGAGAAACCCUAUGAAUGUAAUCAAUGUGGUAAAGCCUUUGCAUUGAAGAGUCAUCUUCACAGUCAUGAAAGAAUUCAUAAUGGUGAGAAACCCUAUGAAUGUAAUCAAUGUGGUAAAGCCUUUGUACAGAAGAGUCAUUUUCUCAGACAUGUAAGAAUACAUACUGGAAAGAAACCCUAUGAAUGUAAUGAAUGUGGUAAAACCUUUGCAGAGAAGAGAAAUCUUAACAGACAUAAAAUAAUUCAUACUGGAGAGAAACCCCUGAAUGUAAUCAAUGUGGUAAAGCCUUUGCAGAGAAGAGAAAUCUUCACAGACAUGAAAUAAUACAUACUGGAGAGAAACCCUAUGAAUGUAAUCAAUGUGGUAAAGACUUUGCAGAGAAGAGAAAUCUUCACAGACAUGAAAUAAUUCAUACUGGAGAGAAACCAUAUGAAUGUAA